AUGUCGCCAAGAAUUAAAGUAGCUCAAGUUGCUCAAACCUUCACCUUUGAAAACGCCGAUCAUGUAUUGGAGGUAAUCAAAAUCUUCUUAAGAAAUGCACUGGAUUGUAAUGUUGAACUAAUAUCGUUUCCAAAGUUGUUUUUGAGAAGCCAAAAAUCACCAAUCUUCGAUGCGAUAUUCGCAGCCAUUGGGAAUAUUGCCAAAAAAUAUAAAGUCAAUUGUGUGUUUGGGUACUCAGAACAAGAAAACGGUGGCGAUACGUUUAGUUGUCAGUGUAUUAUAAGUGCACAUGGCGAAAAGUUCUUAAGGCGUAGAAAAUUGUGCAAUAGGCAAGACCUAGCUGAAUUUAGGAGUACGUCAAUUACCGCAGAAGAUAUCGAAAACAUGGCCGUUAAGCUACCCUUUUCAGUGGGAAUAGUUGAAGUCGGCUGCCUUUUAGGUUAUGAAUUCCUAAAUCCACUUCUUGUACAUUGUAUUGCAGCCAAGAACGUUAAAAUAGUCUUGAGUAGUUUUGAUGAUGGUACCAAGACUCCAGUGAUUAAUGACAUUAUGGCCGGAACUUCUCAACAAAUUGGAAGCUAUGUAUUUAUGAGCACAUCGAAAGAGGAUCAUUUAAAGGCUUGGUCGCCUCACGGCACACCACUCUUUGCAGAAUCGACAACGAAUUAUUUGUCAAUUUACAACAUCGAUUUCGAAGCAAUAGCUUUCCAGAAGAAUUUGAUCGACAUAGUCGGCAGAGAUUCCAGACCAAGCUUGCUAUCUGUAAAGCUUGACUAUUAA